AUGUCACAAGAAGAAGAAGAAGAAGAAAACGAGCCCGCGACCCCUAUAGCCCGUUUGAUGCAAGCACCGGCCUUCAACUUCUGUAUUAUAGCAGUCAUGGGUUUUAGGUCGACCAUCGAUCUCGACUUGUUCAAGCAAGAGCUCGGGCGGUCCCUCCUUAGACACGCUCGCUUCACAAGCGUGCUCAUUGUCGACAAAAGCUCGCGCGACAAAUUUUCAUGGCGACGGACGAAAGUUGACAUCGAAAACCAUGUGUUUGCUCUGGAUUUGGACCCUAACAUGGAGUCGCCCGAUGAAUUUGUCGAGCACUUCACGUCCGAGAUUAUGAAGAUUCCGAUGGUCGACAUGAGUGCUCGUCCGGCAUGGGAAUUUCACGUUCUCAACGUGAAAACCUCGGAAGCAAAUUCGAUCGUCGUGCUCAAGAUGCACCACUCGAUUGGCGACGCUGUGUCUCUAAUGUCUCUUCUCAUGACAUGCGCCGAGAAAAUUACCACCAAUUGUGGGGGGUCUUUGCCUAUACUUCCGAGCGAAAAACGACAAUCGACGAGUAGUUAUUAUAACACCGGCCGGAUGGUUAUGAAAACGAUGUUCGUCAAGGUUUGGAUAGCAAUCGUGAUGGUUUUCAACACGUUCACCGGUCUCAUGCGGGCUUUCGCAACACUGGCUUUUUUGAAAGAUGAGAAGAUUCCGAUUAAUCGCGAGCGAGGGAAGGAGAAUUCUUCCAAGCGAUUCGUGCACCGGAUCGUUGAUUUCGAUGAUAUCAAGCUCGUCAAGACGGCUAUGAAUGCAACUGUCAAUGAUGUGGGCACGGGUGUAGUUCAAGCUGGUUUAACCCGUUAUCUUAAUAUCAGAUACGGUCAAUGCUGCCGAGGACAAAAUCCUACAUAUGCCCAAAUGAACAACUUUUUGCCCAAAAGUCUUCGUCUUACAUCAGUCGUUUGUUUCAACCUGAGGCCUUAUGCAAUAAUUGAGGAUUUGAGUGAUAUUAUGGAGGAUGAAAAGCAAUUAAGGGGAAAAUGGGGCAAUAAAAUAGGUGGUGCCCUUGUUCCACUUGACAUAGUUGUUGAAGAUGACCCUUUAGCCUAUGUUAUUAGAGCUAAGGCAGUCAUGGACCAAAAGAAACUAUCUUUUGAGCCCCAAUGUAUGCCCAUCAUGUCCAAGCUAUUUAUCAAAUUAUUUGGAAUUAAGGCAGCAUCUUCUAUUCUCAAUAGAAUCUCCUUGAACACAACUUUGUUUUUGUCAAAUGUGAUGGGUCCAAGAGAAGAGAUCACUCCAUUUGGCCACCCCUUGUGUUAUAUUGCUCCCAUUGUUUCUGGGUUUUCUCAAGUAUUGUUCAUCACCUUCCAGAGCUAUGCUAAUAAGUUUAUAAUCUCCAUAGCUGCUGAUGAAAAUUUGGUUCCAAAUCCCCAUCAGCUAUGUGAUGACAUGUUACAGUCUCUUCAAGACAUGAAAAAUUAUGUGCAAAAUAGAGCUCUUUAG